UUGUGUCGGCGAUGCGCUGCUGAUGCUGUUGCUGUGAAUUUGAUUGACGCGAACAUGUCGGUGUGAUGGGGGAGCGCCGGGAUGCAGCUGAUGAUGCUCCAGAAGGGGAAUACGUGCAGUCAAAUCAGACGUUAUCGUUAAGAAAAAACACCUAGCGUUCUCCUUUAUCAUCUGUGACAAAGAUGUCUCAAUUUGUGUUGCAUUUCACACGCGCGCAGUGGAUCUAGCUGAUGGCACCGCAGCGAGGAUCUGAUUUGUAUUUUUUCCUGCCUUCCGUCAAUAUCUGUGUAUUAUGGUAGAGUCAAGCCGGAGCAUCAAACAUAAACUGUGCAACCCUGAUGACAGCACCGUCAGGAUAUCAGGAUAUCAACAAUGGAAUCGCCUUACACGUAGAGUCUAGUUUUUCAUGAUCACACACCGUUAUUAGUGCUUUCACGAACGCACCAUCAAAGUGUUUUCUAAUCUGAUUGAGCGACAAAAGUAGCCUGCACUUCAGAGACGGACCACUGCUCACAAAUUAUGGACGAGGAGAAUAUGACCAAAAGCGACGAGCAUCAUCUGAGUUUGCAAAAAGCCUUGCAGCAGUGCGAACUGGUGCAAAACAUGAUAGACAUUAGUAUCUCCAGCUUGGAAGGUCUGAGGACCAAAUGUGCCACAUCCAACGACUUGACACAAAAAGAAAUCCGAACGCUGGAGGGUAAACUGGUGAAGUAUUUUAGUCGGCAGCUCUCUUACAAGCGUAAAGUGUCCUUACAGGAGCGGAAUGUGGAGUUGGAUGGAUUCCCGCGGCUGGGACACUGGUUCCGCAUUGUUAACAUGAGGAAGGAGGUUAUUGAGGAGAUCUCUCCAGGUGAGCUGACUCUGGAGUCUCUGUUGGAGAUGUCGGAUGAGCAGGUGUCUGAGGCGCUGCAGAAGUUUGGAGCGAGUGAUGAAGAAUGUGCUCGGCUCAAUGCCUCGCUCACAUGUCUACGAUCAGCCCACAAAUCAGAACAACUUGAGGAUGACAAAUUACACAGUAAUGGAGGAUCCAAGCAGGACUGGUCCAUUCAGUGGCCCACGUCCGAGUCGGGGAAAGAGAACACCCCAGUGGGGCCGUCAGACCCCAGUCAGUGGGUCCGUCUCCAGCUCUCUCAGAGCCCCAAAUUGCACUCGCGCUACAGCCAGCACUUGUGCCAGAGUCCCCAGGCCCUGGCGCCCCCCUUCUACUCCCCUCACCCACAUUCGGACCGGCUGACCGUGGACUCUCACUCCGGCCUCUUCCCCUCGCCUCUGGAUAUGGGACAUCACUCUCUCCCUCCUUCCCCUAGACAGAGGCAUUUUGCCCACACCCCUCCGCGGACUCCCUUAGUAGUGAACACCAUGACCCCUCCAGGGACGCCGCAGGUCAGACGCAGGAAUAAACUGAAGGCCCCUGGAACCCCGCCGCCCGCCAGCCGGAAGCUCAUCCACCUUCUGCCGGGGUUCACGGCUCUGCACCGCAGCAAAUCCCACGAGUUCCAGCUGGGGAACAGAAUAGAUGACGCACAGACACCCAAAGCAAAAAAGAAGAACAAGCCGCUGAACCUGAAGAUCCACAGCAGUGUGGCUGGGAGCUGUGAAAACCUGCCAACCCAGCGCUCUCCUCUCCACUCCGAUCACUCACUCCGCUCCUUCUUUUUCCCCAAUUUUGUCCCUUCGACACCACCGGUGCACUCCGACACCCCCUCAGCAAAUACUCUGUCUGUUCCUCGUUGGUCUCCUCAGAUACCUCGCAGAGACCUCGGCAACUCCAUAAAACACAGGUUUUCCACAAAGUAUUGGAUGUCGCAGACGUGUAUCGUGUGCGGGAAAGGAAUGCUGUUCGGCUUAAAAUGCAAAAACUGCAAAUUGAAGUGCCACAACAAAUGCACCAAAGAAGCACCGCCCUGUCAUUUACUCAUAUACCACAGAGGAGGUAGGGACCCAUUCAGAGAUCAAGGAACAUCUCAAGCUCGUCAGCUCGUCAGGACCGAGUCGGUACCAUGUGACAUAAACAACCCCCUCAGGUACUCAGACCUCCACAUUAGCCAGACUCUCCCCAAGACCAACAAAAUCAACAAGGACCACAUCCCUGUGCCGUAUCAGCCCGACUCCAGCAGUAACCCCUCCUCCACCACCUCCUCCACCCCGUCGUCUCCUGCUCCCCCUCUGCCACCCAGCGCGACGCCCCCAUCUCCUCUGCACCCUUCCCCGCAGAGCGCCAGACAGCAGAAACAGUCCAACCUUACAGCAUCUCAUUUCUACAAAUACAAGCAGCAGUUCAUCUUCCCCGAUGUGGCCCCUGAGGUUCCCACCAGGGCCCCUCAAGUCAUUCUACACCCUGUUCUGUCUGAGCCCGGUACCAAAGGGAGUCCCUUGCUACAAAUUGAGGUUGAGCCAACAUCUGAUAAUGAGGAAGGCAACGAUGAGGCCGAGGGCUCAGCGGAUGAGUUCGAAGAGAUGAAUCUCUCCCUCUUGUCCGCACGGAACUUCCCACGUAAGGCCAGCCAGACCAGCAUCUUCCUGCAGGAGUGGGACAUUCCCAUGGAGCAACUGGAGAUUGGAGAGUUGAUUGGGAAAGGCCGCUUUGGACAGGUCUACCACGGACGCUGGCACGGAGAAGUGGCCAUACGGCUAAUUGACAUUGAAAGAGACAAUGAAGAACAGCUGAAAGCAUUUAAAAGAGAGGUGAUGGCGUACAGGAACACACGGCAUGAAAACGUGGUCCUAUUCAUGGGAGCGUGCAUGAGACCCCCUCAUCUGGCCAUCAUCACCAGUUUGUGUAAGGGCAGGACCCUCUACUCAGUGAUUCGAGAUGCAAAAGUCGUUCUCGACGUGAACAAGACUAGACAAAUCGCACAAGAGAUGGUGAAGGGCAUGGGCUACCUACAUGCCAAAGGGAUCCUUCACAAAGAUAUGAAAUCCAAGAAUGUAUUUUAUGACAACGGGAAAGUGGUCAUCACCGACUUUGGCCUGUUCACAAUAUCUGGUGUCCUACAAGCAGGCAGUAGGAGAAAGGAUAAGCUGCGGAUCCCAAGCGGCUGGCUGUGUCAUCUCGCUCCUGAGCUCAUCCGUCAGCUCUCCCCCGAGACCGCAGAAAACCAGCUUCCUUUCUCCAAACAGUCUGACGUCUUUGCCUUUGGCACUAUCUGGUACGAGCUCCAUGCACGCGAGUGGCCCUUUAAGAAUCAGCCAGCUGAAGUCAUUAUCUGGCAGGUGGGAAGUGGAAUGAAGCCCAACCUUACUCAGAUCGGCAUGGGCAAGGAGAUAUCCGACAUCCUGCUGUUCUGUUGGGCGUAUGAACAGGAAGAGCGGCCCAGCUUCUCCAAGCUCGUGGAGCUACUGGAGAAGCUCCCGAAACGCAACCGUCGCCUGUCUCACCCAGUACACUUCUGGAAAUCAGCUGAGUAUGUGAAAUGAGCUAAGCUAAACUCAAAAACGCCUGUUUAUAAAAUAAACAAACGAAAAAAAAAAGAAAAACGCAAAACAAUCGUGAGGUAACGCUAAAAUGGAGUCAGUCGGCGUGACUGAGAGAGUCGCUACUGGAUGGUGCAUGUAAUUCUGCUGUAUUUAGCGACGUUUCCUAAACGCAGUGAUCAUUUAGCAUAUUUAGAGCACACGGUAUUUUCUGGUGUAUCAUUUGCUCAUGAAAGGGAGAUGUUUUCUUCUUCUUUUUUUGUUGUUGUUUUUUUUUUGUUGCUAAAUGUUUGAUCUGUUUUGCAUAUAUCAACUGCUUGUGAUUAUUUCUCAUUAUUAUCUUGAAUGAGUCCACUUUCAGUGAAUGUUGUUUUCUUUCGUUGAACCUCUGCAAUGCAUUUUUAUAAACAACUGAAACUAGUGUUAUUGGAGUUUUUGUCUGUAUUGUUUUUUUCUGUUUGAAUUUAGUCAUUGGAUGAAUGUAUUUAUUUUUUUCGAUUUUUGAAAAAUGUACCCUUUUGGACUUGUUUUACACUUGUUUGUUUUCUCUCAUUCACGCUGUAUCAGUGUCUCCAUGCUGUCGUUUGAAUUUUCCGAUCACAAAGCUUUACCGUAACGCAGGGAGAUUCGUGUAUUCCGAGAAUGUGAAGAAUUUUUCUCCCUUCCUGUCGCAUUGUAGAUAAGGUAGCGCGUACAGCCGUCACUCAUUUACUUGCGCGGUCAGAAAGGUGGCGCCGUAAUCGCGUAUGUAUAUUAUCGACACUUGAAUUGUAUCAUGCCUAACUGUGACAAAAACAGAAUUACCCGAGGGUAAACUGCUAUUCCUGAGCCUACAAAGAAAAAGGGAUAGAUAUGGCGGAGUGUAUCUAUCACACUUACGAACCUUUUCUUAUCAGUGCAUACUUACGAAUGUUUUAGCAUAAUUUAAAGCUUUGCGUUGUUUGUACUAGGCUACACAUUGUUAUAUUGUAGAGAAUAUACAGUACCAUGAGUAAUAGUGCACUAUUUUCACCAUCACCACGGCAUUUGUAUAUUAUUCUAAACCACAUCUCAUUACUAUGACUGUUGCAUGUUGCAAGUUCUGGAGUGUCCAUGUUGUAACACAGAACGGUGAUCAUGUCGAAAUGAGUGUGAAGGUUGGUGUCGCUAGCUAGGUAUGGCUUAAACCGAACCGCUAUCCCGCUUUCUCCACCAUGCACUCUGGGUACAGACAAUCUGCUCACUUGUAAAGCCAUGGUUUUUGGGUCAUAAACAGUGCCAGUGCUCACAAACUUGUUGCUGCUGUUAUUUUCUGAAGUGCUCGAGUAUAUUUUAGGAUCACAAAAAUACAGAUUUGUUGUUAAGUGGGCGUUUAUAUUUGUACGGUCGACCGUUUUUACAUGCAUGAGAACAUUUUUAGGGGAUUUGUCCCCUCGAGUACAGAAGCAGACAUAGUAGUUUUACAAGCUAUGACUAAAUGAUGGAGUAUGUGACAGAGAAAGUAAUACAAAAUGAUAUUUAAAGUCUGUAUCGGGCCUAGCAAGGCACACGUUUUAAAUCUAUAAGUCAAUAACUGUGCUAUAAUGUUUAUAUAUUUUUUUGAAACGGGGCUACGAGGAAGUGCCGGGACAGUGUUUUUACGCUGGGAAUGAUGGGAAAUCGUGAGAAGAUGGGAUCUUGUUAACAACCAUUAUUAGCAGCUUCCAUAUCAGGCCUAUUUAACAGGCUGUACAUUUUGCUUAAUAAUCUGUUGCUGUAAUUAAUAUUCCAAUCACUCAAUCCGACCUCAUCAUCAUCUCUUAUAUUUCUGCUCCAUUAUGAAUGUAUGAGUUGUUCUGUGUGUAUGUGUGUGUGUUGUUGUUAACGUUUUCUUUUCCUUUUUUUUCUUACUAUCCAUCCAUGCAUUAACUCAGUGGUCGUUGAUUAUUUUCAACACUUCUCCAUCGCUCUUGUUUAUGUUUCUUUUCUGAUAUUGUGUGCGCGUCUUCGCAGAUUUCUUUGAUGGCCUCCAUGAUUGAGUUUUUGUAUUAUGUAUUUGUUGUAAGUAUAUAUAAAGCUUGUAUUUACUGAUGCCUUAUGGUCCAUGGCUUAGCGACUGGUACACAUCACAAGCUCUUUCUUUGCACUCAUCCUUUAUGAAAAUAUAUGAAAAUAAAAACGUGUUGAUUUUGGA